AUAGGGAGAUCUGGGGACUCCUAUGUGGAAUCUGUUGACUUUGUGGACUCUGAAGACUCAGAGGACUCUGUGGAUUCUGAAGACUCUGUAGACUCUAUGGUUUCUGUAAACUCUGCGGACUCUGAGGACUCUGUGGAUUCUGUGGAUUCUGAAGACUCUGCGGACUCUAUGGAUUCUGUAAACUCUGCGGACUCUGCGAACUCUGAGGACUCUGUGGAUUCUGUAGACUCUGUAGACUCUAUGGAUUCUGUUAACUCUGUAGACUCUAUGGACUCUGUGGAUUCUAUGGACUCUGCGGGCUCUGUGGACUCUGAGGAUUCUGAGGAUUUUACGGUUUCUGUUGACUAUGUAGGCUCUGUGGAUUCGGCAGACUGUAUGGACUCUGCGGACUCUGCGGUCUCUGUAGACUCUAUGGAUUCUGUAAACUCUGCAGACUCUGCGAACUCUGAGGACUCUGUGGAUUAUGAGGACUCUGAGGACUCUGUGGAUUCUGAUGACUCUGUAGACUCUAUGGAUUCUGUAAACUCUGCGGACUCUGCGAACUCUAAGGACUCUGUGGAUUCUAUGGACUCUGCGGACUCUGUGGACUCUGAGGAUUCUGAGGAUUUUACGGUUUCUGUUGACUAUGUAGACUCUGUGGAUUCGGCAGACUGUAUGGACUCUGCGGACUCUGCGGUCUCUGUAGGCUCUAUGGAUUCUGUAAACUCUGCAGACUCUGCGAACUCUGAGGACUCUGUGGAUUCUGAGGACUCUGAGGACUCUGUGGAUUCUGAUGACUCUGUAGACUCUAUGGAUUCUGUAAACUCUGCGGACUCUGCGAACUCUAAGGACUCUGUGGAUUCUAUGGACUCUGCGGACUCUGUGGACUCUGAGGAUUCUGAGGAUUUUACGGUUUCUGUUGACUAUGUAGACUCUGUGGAUUCGGCAGACUGUAUGGACUCUGCGGACUCUGCGGUCUCUGUAGACUCUAUGGAUUCUGUAAACUCUGCAGACUCUGCGAACUCUGAGGACUCUGUGGAUUCUGAGGACUCUGAGGACUCUGUGGAUUCUGAUGACUCUGUAGACUCUAUGGUUUCUGUAAACUCUGUAGAUUCUGCAGACUCUUUGGACUCUGCGGACUCUGCCGUCACUGUAGACUUUGUGGAUUCUGUAGAUUCUGCGGACUCAGCGGACUUUGCGGAUUCUGUAGACCCUGCGGACUCUGUGGAUUCUACUGGCACUUUGGACUCUGUUAACUCUGCGGACCCUGCAGACUCUGCAGACCGAAGUAUCUAUCUGUUCUAAAUGUUUCCUAUUUUCUUCCU